AUGAUGGCUGAGCAGCAGAAGAACGAGGUGCAGGAAGCCCGGCCGGGCGACUCUACCAGUGGUUCUACCAGUCAGCAGCAAGAGACGAGUAUGGUUGUCAAGGUUGACGGUGAUGGCGAUAAGGGAGUAAAAGAUACCAAAGACGAAAACAAGGAUACGAGCUUCAAGUAUUACUUGCGCAUCUUCACUUACAACGAUCGAUUCGGAUGGAUCCUCAACUCGAUCGCCUUUAUUGCCAUGAUCUGCGCGGGAACGCUGCUACCCAUCAUGGAUAUUGUCUUUGGCAAGUUUAUCAAUGUUUUUAAUGAUUUCGUGUCGGGAGAACUGUCUCCUGCGGGUUAUCGAAAGGAGAUUGCCAAGUACAGUCUAUACUUUGUGUAUCUGUUCAUUGGGAGGUUUGUCUUGACCUACGUAUGGACAAUGCUCGUCUCCAUCGCCGCCAUUAGAACUACAAAGGCCUUGCGCGUCGACUUUGUCAAGAGCACACUCCGUCAAGAGGUUGCCUUCUUUGAUUCUCCCGCCUCGUCUGUGCCUGGGCAAAUCACAACCAAUGGCAACCUGAUCAACCAGGGCAUCUCUGAGAAAUUCGGUCUGACCAUUGCGGGCAUGUCAACCUUUGUCACGGCCUUCAUUGUCGCCUUUGCAGUACAGUGGAAGCUGACUCUGAUUGUCAUCGCCAUCGUCCCUGUCAACAUUAUCGUCACAAUUGCUGCAGUCGUUGUCGACAUUGGCUACGAGUACACCAUGUUUGACAUUUAUUCGAGGUCGAGUUCCUUGGCCGAAGAGGCUUUCUCGACUAUUCGUACCGCUCAUGCUUUCUGGGCCUUUCCCAAGUUGUCGAAACGGUUCACGUCAAUCCUCGAGGAAGCAAGGAGAGUUGGCCGCAAGAAGUCGCUGGUCUACAUCAUUCUUUUCCCAACCGAGUUCUUCUGCAUCUUCUCUGGUUACGGCUUGGCGUUCUGGCAGGGAAUGAGGAUGUACUCGAAUGGAGAGAUUACCGAGCCUGGAACGGUUGUAACCGUCAUCUUUGCGGUCCUUGUCGCUGCUACGGCCCUGACUCAGAUCGCCCCUCAGACAGUGGCUCUCUCGAAGGCAACUGCUGCUGCGCAAGAGAUGUUCCAGAUGAUCGACCGAAAAUCACAGAUCGACGCCCUAUCUCAGGAAGGAGACCAGAUUGCCGACUUCAAAGGCGACAUUCAGUUCCGUGGUGUCCGUUUUGCGUACCCUUCUCGGUCUGAUGUGACGAUCCUUCAUGGCUUGGACCUCGAUAUCCCUGCAGACAAGACUACCGCCCUCGUUGGUGCCAGCGGAUCAGGGAAGAGCACAAUUUUUGGCCUAUUGGAGAGAUGGUACAUGCCAAGUGAUGGCUCAAUCACCCUUGAUGGUCACCCGAUUGAGGGUUUGAACCUGCAAUGGCUGAGGACCAAUAUCAGGAUGGUGCAACAGGAACCGACUCUGUUCAGUGGGACAAUCUACCAGAAUGUCGUGGAUGGUCUCACAGGCACGAGCAUGGCUGACCUACCAGAAGACCAGAAGCGCACAAUGGUCAUCGAGGCUUGUCAGUCGGCCUACGCCCAUGACUUCAUUGAGACUUUGCCCAAUGGUUACGAUACUUGGAUUGGUGAGCGAGGUGCAUCUUUGUCCGGCGGACAGAAGCAGCGUGUGGUCAUUGCUCGAAGCAUCAUUUCUAACCCCAAGGUGUUGAUGCUCGACGAGGCCACCAGCGCCCUUGACCCAAACGCGGAAAAGAUUGUGCAGCAGGCCUUGAACAAUGUUGCGAAAGGUCGAACCAUGAUUGUCAUUGCUCACAGACUCUCUACUAUUAGAGACGCCGACAAUAUCAUCGUCAUGGCCAAGGGUGAUACUAUUGAGCAAGGCUCGCACAAGGAACUUAUUGAAAUGGGCGGAACCUACUCACGCCUUGUUCGUCUACAAGAUCUUGGUAAAGGUGCCUCAUCAGAAGAAGAUGACGAGACGGAAAAGGAUGAGCCUGUUGCUGGCCUCGACCCGGUUCUAUCUCGUGCUUCAGCACAUGCAACAGCCGAUAUCACCAACAAGGAUGAGAUCAACUAUGGACUUUUAAAGGGUCUCGCAUUGGUGGUGAAAGAGCAGAGACCCAUGUGGAUUCAUGGAUUCAUCCUGGUAAUAGUUGCAUUGUUCGGAGGCGCUACUUAUCCUUCAUUGGCUAUUCUCUUUUCGAAAACCAUGACGGCAUUUGAGACGAAAGACGUUAGCAAGGCCAACUUCUUCUCCCUCAUGUUCUUUGUCGUUGCUCUUGGAAAUCUCGUUGUUUACGCUGCCGCUGGUUGGGUCAGCAAUGAAGUUGGUCAACACAUCAUGGCAGUUUACCGUGGGGAGCUCUUUGACAACACCCUUCGACAAGACAUGACCUUCUUCGACGACCCCAACCGUGGAACUGGGGCUCUCGUCUCGAGGUUGGCAGCUGAGCCUACGAACCUCCAGGAACUAUUGUCGAUCAAUGUGGCGCUUAUUCUGAUCAACUGUGUCACCGUCAUAUCCAGCGCUGUCCUCGCCAUUGCAUACGGUUGGAAGCUCGGUCUUGUCCUAACACUAGGUGCCCUGCCAGUCCUCGUUGGCUCGGGAUACGUGCGGAUUCGUCUCGAGUACAAGUUCGACGACGAUACAGCUGAUAGGUUUGCAAAGAGUAGUAGCUUGGCUUCGGAAGCCGUGCUUGGUAUUCGAACUGUCUCGUCGCUGGCGCUGGAGCGGGCUAUUAUCGAGAGAUAUAGUGGUGCUCUUGAGGGACUUGCGAGAGAGGCCAUCGGUAGCUUGGGGUGGAAGAUGCUCUUCUACGCCUUUAGUCAGUCGGCUUCUUUCUUGGCUAUGGCUCUGGGUUUCUGGUACGGUGGACGUCUUGUCUCAACAGGCGAAUACUCGACCGACCAGUUCUACGUCAUCUUCAUCGCCGUCAUCUUCUCCGGAGAAGCCGCUGCUAUGCUUUUCCAGUACAGCACAAGUGUCACCAAGGCCCGAACCUCGAUCAACUACAUCUUUCAACUCCGGCGCCAGAAGAUCCUUUAUGACAACGACGACAACGGCCCUGAUGCUUCUGUUAGCGAGAAAGGAGGUUCUGAAAAGGGGCUUGAAGUUUCUUGUGAGGAGAUUGACUUUGCCUACCCUCGCCGUCCCAAGCUGCAGGUCCUCAGAGGGAUUGAUAUUGGUAUCGAGUCUGGCAAGAUGGUAGCCCUCGUCGGUGCUUCUGGUUGUGGCAAAUCGACCAUGAUUGCGUUGCUUGAGCGAUUCUACGACCCUAAGUCAGGUUUGAUCCGUGCAGAUGGCCAAGAUAUCAAGACCAAGGAUCGACGUCUCCAUCGUCGAGACGUUGCCCUCGUCCAGCAAGAACCGGUUCUGUAUCAAGGUUCUAUCAGGGACAAUAUCUCUUUGGGCAUCGAGGAAGGUGUCCCUUCAGACGAAGACAUCAUUUCAGCCUGCAGGCAAGCCAACGUCUACGACUUUGUCUCUUCUCUCCCUGAGGGUCUACACACACCAUGUGGAAACCAAGGUCUCUCCCUUUCUGGCGGACAACGUCAACGCAUCGCUAUAGCGCGAGCCCUUAUCCGCAAGCCACGCCUCCUUCUUUUAGAUGAGGCGACGAGUGCGUUAGACACGGAGUCGGAGAAGGUGGUCAAGGAGGCGUUGGAUCGGGCAGCAGAGGGGAGGACAACGGUUGCUGUUGCUCAUCGGUUGAGCACGAUCAGGGAUGCUGAUGUGAUAGCCGUCUUUUCUGGCGGGAGGGUUGUUGAAAGGGGAAAGCAUGAGGAGUUGGUGGCGAAGAAGGGAAUUUACUAUGAGAUGGUGUUGGGACAGUCUUUGGAUAGAGAGGCAUAG